GUUCAUCCCGACCAUGGAGUCGCUGCUCAAGGAACAACCACACACACAAGUUUUCGACCUCAGCGGAUCCUGGGACCUAGCAUCUUCUCGCCUCGACACUCUCAACCCAGACCUCGGAGGGGUGGUGUAUCCUGGUCGGACGACCAUGAGGCGUAUGCUUCUCACCACCAUCCAUGGAUACUACCUGCAGGCACUUGCCAGGCUGCCCAGGGACCAGCUCUGCUCUCAGCGCCUGCUCUACAGCAUGAUGCACCACGGCCACUGCUUCGGCCCGCUUGACCCCGUUUCCAACAUCAUCUUCAAUACCAUCUGGUAUAGUUCAGCCUGCCCGCUUCCCUCAUCGAUAGAAAAUUCUAAGAUGGACAUGGUCAGCACCAGCGCCCUCCUUCGGAUUUCCGUCAGGUCCUUCUACGGCCUCGUCUCCUUCCUGUGCACCCGCUACGACGCCCUCACCGUUGAUCGAGCCAUGCAUCAUCUGAUGGAGGCUGGGGCUGACCUGCGAAUCGCCGAUCCCAACUUCCAUGGUAAUAACCACGCUGCUGGAGGACACGUUCCGUCUGCCACCGUCCAAGAGGCCUAUGCUGCUGCGGCUGCUGCGGCUGCUGGCGCAUGCCACUCACAACGUCAAGCGCACAUUGUGCUUCUCCGACAAUCUUCUCUGAUUUCACGGAUGGGCUCCAUUUAUCUCAAGGGCAGUGGCCCGCUCUCCAGUGAUGCUGUUGACCGCCUCUCCAGUACUGCACGACACUUGUCCUCAAGCCACUUCCAAGGUCUACUGCUGCCACUGCCAGAAACCAGGGUGUUGGAUAGGUUGACAUACAACAGGGUAAAUCAACUGAGAAUCAGCUUCUGGAACCAGCAUGCUAGAGCUGUCAGAAUGGUGGAAUCUGCAAUCGAUAUGUACAACAGUCAACCUGGGGUACCCAAAUAUGAACUUCAUGUUAUCUGCGGUGUCAAUGAGUAUGUACAUGGCCCUGAGUACAUCACUGGCAACUUUCGGAAAUAUCAUCAUUCCCAUAUCAAUUUCCUCGCCACAUGCAAAGAAAGCCAAUCUGCUGCUGCUCUUCCAGUUCUCUUCUUUGCCCAGUGGAGCAACCAUGGCACCAAAGAGGAGUGCUUCUGCUGCCCUGUUGGUGUGCCACCUCUGAACUCGGAACAAGUCCGUUGUCUUUACUGUGAAUUCGAAGGGAGCAGGAUUGUGCAUCCUGCAAACGAGAGUUUCCACGGCCGUGACAUUGAGUUUGAGAAGAUGUUGUCCGGACGACUCUAUUCAGGAAGCUACAGCAACAACUGCAUCAUCGUACAUAGCUGCUCCUUGACCUUUUGGGUAGAUGGUCUGGCAGACGACUCCAUUUACUCUGUUGACCGUAUUGAUGAUGAUGAUAAAGAAGAUGGGAUGCUCUCAGUGGACUUCCAAAGAAGGAUAAGGUUAACGUAAUAUUAUCAGAUAGUACGGCCACCGAGCAGUGUGUUGAUUCUGCCCCCAGAUUUAGCUAGUAUGCUAAAUACUUGUCUCCGAGCAAGAAGUAUUUGCAAAAUGCUCUGAUUAUUUCCCACUAAUGGUCUAAUGUCCUCGUUCUGGUUGGAUUUGGAAAAUAGGAUCUGCUGCUACUGUCGGUGUCAUUGUUGGGCUUGUUUAACCUGUGAACAUACAGGAAGCUGUCAAGUCACUAUGCCUUUUUUCAUAUCAUUGCAAGUGCAGUCUGAUCCUAACGUAAUAUAUAAUGCUUCUGUGGGAAAAGAAUUAGCAUGAGUUCUUAACCAAAGCGUCCUGCACCUAAGGUGGCAGGUUCACCAACUUAGUCAGUUCAAAACCCGGAGACUUAUCUAGGCCCGAUAUAUCACUCAAUCCCUUAUUAUGGGAACACCCACAUCUCCUAGUAUGGUGCGUGACCUGCAACCGUCCUGAUUACCAUAUUUACCUUGCUAAUCUCUUGCUUUUAGUAUUAUUUUACCAAAUCGAUUGGCAGUCCCCUUAGUUAACAAAAUUCAAAUGCAGAUCCAUAGAGGUUAAUUUCCUGUGGAUAUCUCUUUCUUAAGUGUCUAUUUCCUCUUGUAUUUUAAUUUUGUGUAACUGAAUAUUUACAUACUUAUCUCCAAUCUAUAUUUGAGGAGAGGGAUGGACAUAUUAUUUUGUCCAGCCACGCCAUAUAUACAGGGCUUUUCCUAUGUAGGUGAUGUGAACUACUCGUACAUUGU